GAGUGAAAGAGAAACUUUUUUUACUGCAUGUCCAUCCUGUCGAAUCAUCGAGUAAAGGGACAAACGGAAAGAUUAAUCGUUAGAACACAAAAUCCUAAAUGUGGACUCUCAUCUUGUUUUUCAUCACUGUGGAGGUGGCCGGAGACUCUGAUGAUAUGAAAGUUGUUAAAGUGAUGAAUGGGGAUCUCCUCAGACUCCAUACUGAAGUUGAGCAACUCAAGGAAAGCACACAAAUACUGUGGACGUUUGAAGACGGCAAACUAAGUUCUCGCAUCGCCCAGUACCAUGGGAAACUUUACAGCCAUUAUGAUGGGAGAUUCAAUGGCAGGGUACAGCUGGACCAACAGACUGGAGCUUUAACCAUCUCAAACAUCAGCACAAAUGAUUCUGGAAUCUAUAAAGCAAUGAUUGUUAUCAACAAACAGAUUUCAACAAGAAUGUACAAAGUGAAUGUAUAUGCUCCUGUUUCUGUACCUGCUAUAAAGAGCACUUCACUUACUAGUGUGCAACAACCUUCAAAUACAUCACAGAAGAUGGAAGAGUUUUGCUCGGUUCUCUGCUCUGUAAAAAACGACCACAACGUCUCCAUCUUGUGGUACAAAGGAAGUGAAAUGAUGAACCAGACCAGCAGUUCUGAUCUUAGAUUUAAUCUCAGUUUAUCUUUAAAGCUUCAUUAUAAUGAUACAGAAACAUACAGAUGCACGGCCGCAAAUCCAGUGAGCAUUAAGAGCGUUGAUCUUCAAAUGAAAGACCUCUGUCCAUACUAUAAAGAAGAAUCUCUGUCUACACAUACAGACUGUCAGGAGUAUUGUGGAGAUGUUGAGGUUCUGAUCCGGCUCGUUCUGUCUGUUCUGGUGGGAUUCGCUACUGUUGUCUUUCUGGUUGAACACAUAAGAUCUGCUCAUGGCCGAACUCUUUCUCAUACUAAUGACAUUUUUAUGAGGCACCAGAAGGUGUAAGAUCAAU